AUGAGCUCAAACGUUCCGCAGCGUGUGCGCGAUGGCGCCACGCUAUCCGCCUGCAUACUCGAAGCGUUGGAAAAGCGCGGUGAUGAUGAGGUGAUGUUUGCACUUCUCCGGCACCGCCACUGUGACUCCUCGAACGCAGGGUGGCUAGAAGGCAGCAGCGAUGCAGUCGAUGGCAUGGAGGCGGGUAUCACAGUAGAGCGCGUGACCAAACGAAUAUGGUGUGCAUUCGUAGCACUGCUGGAGCGGCGGGUCUUCACCUCUUCACAUGACCAUGGUACGCUACUUCCUGUGGGAGGAGCGCAUGGCACGCCGGGCGAUGAGCCUGGCGUGGUGGAUGAGUGCGAUGUUGGAGUUUACAGCCGAGAGACCUUCUACGCAUGCCUGGUGGAAAGUGUCUGCCUGUGCCUGGGCUGGACGUUUUGCCUGUUUCGCCCAGAUGAUCCGCCCUUGCGGUUGCAGCGACUGGAACAACGUCGGAGGCCGCGCUGCAAGCUACACUCGGACGAUAUCGCAUCGCUGCUACGCGGAGCACUCUCGGUAGAUGAGAACAACGCUAGCAGCAGAGAGCUCGAGGCGGUGGGAGCAGGCACCAACCCACCAACGCGGCUGCCGGUAGCACAGAUAGACGACAGUCGUGUCGCCUACUACAUGUACACCUCCGGCUCAACAAGAGACCCAAAGUGUGUGGUAGUUUCUCGGGGCAAUCUGCGAGCGUACCUGCUGCGCUUCAUUCUCGAUAAGGAUGGUCUCGCCGUGGUUGAUCCACGCUGUCGCUUUUUUUGCCUCUCUUCCCCAUUCUUUGAUCCGUCUAUCGGUGAUAUGCUCGUGGGGCUCUGCACACCCCACGGUGUCCUCUACACAUGCACUCAGGAGGACCUUCUCAACGGCCGGGUUGCGCCGCUGCUGGCCUGCGUGCAGCCGACUCAUGUGGUGAGCACUCCGGCUGUUUGGUCUUCUCUCACCGCCGCCGGGCAUCUGCUGUCGUUUCUCUCCUCCUCAACUCCUCCAAUGAAGGUGUUUCUUGGCGGCGAACACAUGUCUCAGGAGCUGAUCAACACCUGGGCCGACAAGGUGGAACUGUACAACGUCUACGGUGUGACUGAGGUCACCAUAUACCAGUCGGUGUGGCGCAUUUUUCCAGGCACGAGGGCAGAGGACGUGAAGUGCGGCCCCGGGGUAGGCACAAGGAUUCGUGUUCAAAGCCUGGAUGCUGCAUCCGACAUGUUUCUUGGCGAUAGGGACGCUUCCGAAUCGGAAGGAGGCUUAUGUCAGGAGCUUUGUGAACCUGCGAGGGCCGACUACGGCGAGGUCGUUCUUUAUGGAGAUCAAGUGUGCUGCGGAUAUACGGAGGACACCGCGUCGUCGUCGUUCGGCUACGACCCCUCGACGGGCGAGCGCUUCUUUUGUACAGGGGAUAUCGGGCGGCUCGUUUCGACUGGUGUGGGAGGCCGGCCGGAGCUGGAGCUGCGUGGUCGUCGCGACUGGGAAAUGAAGUUGAACGGUCAACGCGUGGCUUUGGAGGAGGUGGAGGGUACUGUUCAGCGGGCCCUGGAGGGCCUUUCUUCUCAGUGCGCCUGCUUCUGCAUACAAUCCACAUCAGGCACGCCAGCCAUUGGUGCGGCGGUGGUGCUGACAGACGUUGUCAGUGGGGAACUCUUGAGAGACCACAAGGAUGGCGUCAGCGCCGCGUUGGAGGAACUGCUUGCGCUACACCUGCCCUCCUUCAUGGUGCCGCGACGCUGGCUGCUGUUCGCCAACGGAGCUUCAUUGCCGCAGACGCCGACGGGCAAGGUGAGCCGCACCCAGCUUGCCGUAGACGCUGUCCAAGGGCAACGAGAGGAGCUUGGUGCGCAGCCCAAGGGAAAACAUGACGGUUGCAACUGGGAGGAGGAUGAGCUGUACAGAGUAGUGCAGUCUGUGUGGCAAAGCAUGCUGGGUGUGCCGAUUCGCUGUGACACGCACUACAUUCACGCCGGGGGUGACUCACUUGGUGCUCUAAAGCUCAGUCACGCCGUGUACCUCAGGCUCCACGCCGGCUCCCAUGCCGGGAUCGACGAGCAUGGUAGACUUCCUCCUCCUUUCCAGCCCUGCGUGUUGCUUCAGCACCCCCGCUUCGGCGACUAUGUGCAGGCUCUGCGCGAGGGGUGGACAGCAGCUCCUCUUAACGAUGAGCCGAAGCCUGCGAGUGGCGAGGCAGUGCCAGUAUUGCUACCCCUUUUGCCAUCUCCACAAGUUCUCAGCCGUGCAGAGACAGCUGCGGAUUUCCUUUUCCGCGAGGUUGUUGCCGCACAAGGCGCCGGGAUUGCCGACCGCCUUCUUCACCACGGCCUCGUCGACGUCAACGGGCACAACAGCCGAACGCACCGCUGUAGCACACCCCUGCACGUGGCUGUUGCGAGCUGUUACUCUCUGGAGCAGGAAUUGCCGACAUUGCGUGUGGUGGAAGUGCUGUUACAGCACGGUGCCAGGCUUACGGCUGUAACGCCGGACGGCGUGACUGCUGCUCAUUUGGCGUCAAGCAGGUCCGCCACCAUUCUUCAGCGUCUGCUAGGCCAUGAUCGGGGUGUGGUACACUGUCGUGACAUCCGUCAGCAGUCGUUGUUGCACUUCGCGGCACGUAGCGGCAACGUUGAAGCGGUUCGUCUUCUUCACCACUACGGCCUGAAGGUCGACACACGAGACAAGUGGCAGCGCACUCCGGUGCACUGGGCUGUUUUGAAUGGACACACAGCAGUGCUGGAGGAGAUGGCGUUGCGCUGCGCCUCUUCGGCAAUCACAGUCUCCACUACGGCGAUUGUCAAGGCUCCAGAGUCGAACGGCAGCAGCGCGAAGCGGCACCGCUUCCCAGGAAACGAGACGGCUCGUUUUACGCGACUUGCGCGCAAAAAGACAUACCUGGCGUAUGAGACGCUUCACGAGAUAGCCGACCGUAUACACCCGGGGAACGAUCAAGUUAAGCGACUAUGCGAUUGUCUGGCUCCCUCAGUGGGUGAAGCUGCUGCGGCAGAAUAG